GCAGCUAUUGCCAGGCUGAGCUCUGCUCCGAUGGAUAAUCACAGUGUCUCCACGGGAAGCUCCCAGCAAUCCCUGCCUGCAGAACAGGCAGACGGGCGUGUUUAUGAGCUCCCCGUUCAGAGCAACUCCACCAACCGCAGCUCCCUGUUUGCAGACGUGGCUUUGCUGCAGACUUUCAAGCCUCUCAUCAUCCCCUGCUAUGUGCUGGUGGUGGUGGUGGGAGUCUGUGGGAACUACCUCCUCCUCUACGUCAUCUGCCGAACCCGAAAAAUGCACAACGUCACCAACUUCUUCAUCGGGAACCUGGCCUUCUCCGACAUGCUCAUGUGCGUGACGUGUGUCCCCUUUACCCUGGCCUAUGCCUUCAACCCGCACGGUUGGGUUUUCGGGCGCUCCAUGUGCUACCUGGUGUUCCUCAUCCAACCUGUCACCGUCUAUGUUUCCGUCUUCACGCUCACAGCCAUUGCUGUAGACAGAUAUUACGCCACCGUCCACCCCCUGAAGAAGCGGACCUCGGUGGGGACCUGCGUCUCCGUCCUCACUGGGAUCUGGCUGCUGUCCUGCGGCCUGGUGGCCCCGGCCGUGACCCACACCUACCACGUCGAAUUCAAAGAGGAGGGCUUCACCAUCUGCGAGGAGUUCUGGCUGGGCCAGGAGAAGGAACGGCGCGCCUACGCGUACAGCACGUUGCUGGUCACCUAUGUCCUCCCGCUGUCGGCUGUCUUCGUCUCUUAUCUCUGCAUCACCGUCAAACUGAAGAAGUGCGUCGCCCCCGGCAACAGGACACAGGACAAGGCGAGCGCCCAUCAGGCCCGGAAGAGGAAGAUCUUUCGUUUGGUCGCCCUGCUGGUGUCGGCCUUCGGCCUGUGCUGGCUUCCUAUCCACGUGUUCAAUGUGCUGAGGGACAUCGACAUCCGCCUGAUCAACAAGCGCUACUUUUUGCUCAUCCAGCUUCUGUGCCACCUGUGUGCCAUGAGCUCUUCGUGCUGCAACCCCUUCCUGUACGCGUGGCUGCACGACCGCUUCCGCGCCGAGCUGAGAAAGAUGUGGAAGUGCCAUCCGCGCAUUGGAGUACCCGCCAGCAACUGUGCCGCUGGGGUGGUCUUAUAAAGAAGGACAGAGCUCUACUUAUAUGUGCGGAAUUAUACCGCAGAGAGGAAGUUUACAACUAAAACCAGUAAAGCUUCUUCUCACGGUAAGAUUGAAUCUGCCAAGAAAAAUUUAAGGGGGCCUGAGUUUAGAUGGAUCCAUGGUGUGGAGACCAUGGAUUUUAUGGAGAAAUUGGUAAAGGGUCCUGUGAUAACAGAACAAAUUAAAGUGAUAACAAUUAGGGUUGUGGCAUCAGUUAACAAAAGGGUCACAGGUUGACUAUAAUCAGCAUUUGUCAUCACAAAUG